GGAAACAAUGUGUAAACAACUUUGAAUGCGCAAUAAGUUGUGUCAUCGCAGAAGGGGAAUAAGCGAAAUUUGGCCGGUGGAAAUCUUUAAAGGAAUUAUUCUCAAAGAAACAUGGCAACAAUGGCAUCUUCCCUAUACUUAGAACAUUAUUUAGAUAGUAUUGAAAAUCUGCCUUAUGAACUUCAAAGAAAUUUCACUUUGUUACGAGAUUUGGACCAAAGAGCACAUGAUUUACUAUCUGAAAUUGAUAAAAUGUGUGAAGAGUAUAUGGAAAAAAUUAGAAAGCUGACCCCACCUGAAAAGAAAGACUAUUUGAAUAGGAUUGAUAGUGCGUUUAGAAAAAGUAGAGAAUAUGGUGAUGACAAAGUACAGCUGGCAAUUCAAACCUAUGAAAUGGUUGACAGACAUAUUCGAAAAUUAGAUUCAGAUUUAGCAAGGUUUGAAGAGGAUUUGAAACAGCAAAGGCAAACACAAGUACAGGAACCAGAUGCAACUACUAAAAAAGAAAAAGGCCGAAAGAGGAGAUCAGAAAAAAUAGAAUCUGGUAAAAAGAAGAAAAGAUCGAAGAUUGAGCCUGAAGAAGUCCCGCUUCCAGUUUCUGCCACUCCUCUUAUCACCAUGGCAACAGAUAUGAAUGUUUUAGAUAUGCCGGUUGAUCCUAAUGAGCCAACGUAUUGUUUGUGUCACCAGGUUUCGUACGGCGAAAUGAUCGGCUGUGAUAACCCCGAGUGUCCUAUUGAAUGGUUUCAUUUUGGCUGUGUUGGUCUUUCGACGAAGCCGAAAGGAAAAUGGUUUUGUCCAAAGUGUUCGCAAAACCGAAAGAAAAGGUAAAAAGGCACAACAAUCCGCUAAUAAAAAUCGGCUGUGGAAAUGCGUCAUGCAUUUACUCAGAGAAAGAAUUCGCUUUGGGCCACGUGGCUGGAUCUUCAAAAAGUACUGGGACAUUUUCGGAAAUCGCAAUUUGUAAGACCGGUGUAGGCCAGAUCUGUCCUUUUCUUGUGUCUGAAAACGGUUUUGGUAUUCAGAAGCAUGUGGACACAUCUUUCAGAAAUAUUUGUAUAUGCAAAGUAAAUAUUGGACUUAUAAUUAGAUUUUGAACAUAGGUAUGGGUAAUGUAAAUGACUCUUUUGAUUUCUCUGUGGCUCACUGAUUAUAAUCCUAGCACCUAACGCGUUUUUUGACGUCUAGUUUCUGGUACGUUUUUCUAACCUCUAAGUCAAAUUACCUUUUGGAUUGUACUAAUUAUAUUUAUGUAGAUCACGUUUUCUUGUCGAUCCAGCCCCCCUUUCCAUUGUAAUUGAGAAGUAUGGAAGACAUGCCCGGGCACUUUAAGCACGUUAAGCACGAUUUCCCGGCACGUAAAGAAAAGGAACCUAUCUUUAUUUUGCACGUAAUAGGCGUGGUAUUAGUAUAAUUUAUCGGCGUGCCGCCAAGGUUUUUGGAACUUUGUUCUGCAUCUCUCUUAGUUGUCACAAGUUGUCUAUGUACAAUCGCCAUUUGCUGUUAUAUAUUUAAAAUCUGACUUAUAACACAUAAAUGACGUCACAGACGUGGUGUUUGUAUAUGUCUUUGUAGAUUUAUUUUCCGGAUCUAUACGCACAUUUCUGUAAAUAAAGUUAAUAUAGAAUGAUUUUGAAAACAUACCUUGUUGUCCCUCCA